CGUGGCGGCGGUAUUAACGCGUCCUGACAACGACAACAACAAAAAGCGAUCGUUUGUGUUUAUUCAGCGUUUUUUAUCGCUUUUCCCUCAGCUUUAAUGACUUAUUACGCUUUUAUUCCGUACUGGAAAUUAAGCUGUAGUAUAAACUAAAGCGAAAACGCUCCGUUUUAAAGACAACACCGGGAACCUGGAGCAGCUGAGAGUCCUGGCAUCUGAUGGCAUGCAAAGACAGACACUAUGAUCAAGAAUUAUGAUGAAGAACAGUCUGAAUUGUGAGACGUUAACUGCGUUCAUAACAGUCAGAAUACAAAGCAAGAUAUAAAGUUGCAAUUAUGACGGAGGGACGGCAGUGUCAGGUGCUUCUGCUGGAUGACAGACAGCUAGAACUGCUUGUCCAGCCCAAACUAUUGUCUAGAGAUCUCUUGGACAUGGUCUCAUCCCAUUUCAGCCUGAAGGAAAAGGAGUAUUUUGGAAUUUCAUAUACUGACACAAAUGGUCAGACAAGUUGGCUGCAACUGAACCGGAGAGUACUGGAGCACAACUUUUCCAAAAAGACUGGACCACUCGAGCUCAAAUUUCAUGUUAGGUUUUACAUCGAGAGUGUCGGAUUAUUGAAAGAUACCAGUACAGUGGAGCUGUUUUACUGGAAUGCUAAGUCUUCUGUUUACAAUGGAAGUGUCGAAUUGGAGAGUGAACAUGUUUUUAAGUUAGCUGCGUUCGUGUUGCAGGAGGCAAAAGGGGACUACACAAGUGAUGAAAGUGCAACAUCAGACUUGAAAAAGCUGCCCGUGUUUCCCACAGCUGUUUUAAAGGAGCACCCAUCCCUGGCCUAUUGUGAAGGCAAAGUCCUCGAGCAUUACAAAACCCUCAAAGGGCUCACCCGAGGAAAGGCCAUAGUACAGUAUCUCCUGUUAGUGGAAUCUUUACCUUCAUAUGGUGUUCAUUAUUAUGAAGUGAAGGACAAGCAGGGAAUUCCGUGGUGGUUGGGAAUCGGCUACAAAGGCAUUGCCCAGUACGAUCAACAAGACAAGCUAAAACCCAGAAAGGUCUUUCACUGGAAGCAGUUGGAGAACUUGUAUUUCCGUGAGAAGAAAUUUGCAGUUGAGGUCAACGACCCUCUCAGGAGAGCAUCAUCCAAGUCCACUUUUGGCCAGUCUGGACAUACGAUCCACACGUGGUAUGCCAGCCACUCGCUGAUAAAAACCAUCUGGGCUAUGGCCAUCAGCCAGCACCAAUUCUACCUCGACUGCAAACAGAGCAAAUCUAAAAUAAGCACAUCUAAGAAUCUGGGAGACUUCGCCAUGGACCUUACAGAUAAUGGUGCUUCAAGAGUCAGCAAGCUGGUGAGUGGAGAAGGCAAAGACCAGCUCAUCAUGGCCAGCAAUGGAAGCUUGGCCUCUGCAGGUUCUGCAGAUUCUGAGGUUAAUGAGGAGCUGAAGAAAGAGAAGAUUGUGGAGCUGAAGAAGAAAGCAGAUAGCCUUCAGGAACUUCUAACUCAGAACUUGAGUGAGCUUAAGAAGAUCUGCCUCAGAGAAGCAGAACUGACAGGCAAAUUGCCUAAAGAAUAUCCUUUAGCAUCAGGAGAGAAGCCUCCUACUGUUAGAAGACGUGUAGGAACUGCUUUCAAGCUUGAUGAUCUUUUCCCUUAUGAUGCGGACCCUCACAUAAGGAACUUAGAAAGCCAAUUUGCUCUUCAGCAGAAGAUUGUAGAAGCGGCAAAGAAGCUUGCCAAUGAAACGGAACUCUGUAAAACUGUGAAGAAGAAACGAAGGAGGAACUUUGAAGAUGCUAAGAGGACCCUUCAACAGAUUGAGAAUGAAAUUAAUGACUACAGAGUGAAAACGGGCAAGAAACCUACGCAAAGGGCCUCUGUGAUUAUUGAUGACAUGAAUGCAGCAGAACUCAGCUCACUAUCUGACAGCUUAAACCUGGAUGAUGAUGAGGCAUUCGUAGUACAACGGCAGCGUUCCCGUUCAGUCCAGUGUUCUCCACGGCCUCCAGACAGCCUCAGCAUUCCAUAUCAUUCCGAUCGCAGGGUCUCAGAGCAACCACACAACUCUGACGGAAUAAACUACGGUGAAGUCCAAGAACCUUACCCCUACGUUAACCAAGUCACUUUAUCACCGCACAACAGCCCGUUUUACGCUUCCUCCAGACAAGCAGGAAACUCCCGCAGCAUGCCUCCUACACCCCAGCUGACCCGCAACGCCUUUAGCAGCAUCCAGCUCAGGUGUGAGGAGGACACGCCUGAGCACUUCCGUCAGCGCAGUGGCAGUCUCGAGUCUCAGUCACUCUUUGCCUCAGAGUGUGACGGCCCCGAGCCCGUGUUCACAAUCAACACUGGUGCCCGACGCAGCAACAGCACUGAGGUACUUGACGAUGUCUCCUCACACACCAGCCAGUCAAGCACGGAGUACUGCGGCCAUUCGCGCGCUCGAAACCGCCACCGUCGAGGGAGAGAUUACACCACCUAUGCUAAUACAGGCAGCAUGCCCAACUUGGCACAGAAUGAUUCUCGCUGCUACACCCACAAGCCACCGACCAGACCCACCACAACAGCCUACUACGUCACUGGAUACCCCUGCUUCGCGGAUCCGUACACCAAUGGAACCUAUGCAUAUGAGGACGAGACGGCAGGCCAUUAUAGCGUAAAUCCUUCCUACCAGGCUCUGUCGUACAAUACACAGGAACCAUACGGUGACUAUAAUCACACUGAGAUGGACCCCAUGAGCCAGAAUCCAUAUGCCACACUGAGGCAGCCAAGGAGUCGACCGCCAUCGAGGAAUGAAAACCUAUCAAAGGGCAUGCAGAGGGCCAUGGUGGCCGAGCACUUACGAGGCUGGUAUAACCGGAACGCAACGCACAGGCAGAUGCCGUACGAGUACGAGAGGGAGUCCCAGCAAGUCCUGCCCUACAGGGUGACGCCACCUAUUUAUGGCUAUAAUGAUCGCAACCCCUUAUACGCCUCAGUUUCUCCAGCAUCUAACACGGGGAACUGGCGUGAUCACUUGUCCGUGGGUUUAUCGGAAUACAACAUGGGCCUUCAUCCACAGCAUGCCUAUAGCUACAAUUCUGUCCAUCAGACUCACCUUCCACACAGCCGCCACCAGCCACAUCUUCUAGCUCCGCCCCCAGGCCCCAGAGCUCCAUCUCCAUUUGCUAGGAGGAGCCCAGCUCCAGGAACUUUAGACAUGCCUGGUGCUGUUGCCAGUGGUUAUGACCAGGACUUUUAUUACACUCAGUGCUAGUGCAACUUGCAGCACUAAACAAUGUGGUCAUACAUAGAUGUACACCAGAUGGAUUCAUACCUGAGUAGCCCUGUGGACAGUUUUGACUCUGAGGAUCAGACACUUUACUGGCACGAAGACUCCAAGCCUGGAACAAUAGUGUAGGAAAUUAAGACGACUACUUUAUGCUUUGUGCCUUAUUUUUUUGACGUGUUCCAAGCAUCAGUGUUUCAAAGACUGUUGCCAGGCCAGGAUUGUGUGUGACAGCGUUCAGCCAUCUCAGAGAGCAUGAGUGCGUAACAGGGACCAAAACAGGCCUUUGAGACACUCUGGAGAGCAACACAUUUUGUGUGUGUGGUGCUAAGCACUUCUGGACCCUGGCCUGGCCUGGCCUGCCCUGACGAAUGCCUGCUGUGGAAUUUCUUCAGGAUUUGUUAAUAUUGUAAUGGCGAUUGGGAUGAGGAAGGAGGUACUCGAGCCAAAUAUCCUGGACUAUUCCAUUGCCAUGGACGGAUAUUACAAUCGUAAAUCCUCUUCAUGAACACAAAGCACAUAUUAAUAUGAAGGACUAAACUCAGCUGGUUUCUGUUGUGUGAAGCUUUUCCUAUUUUUUUAGAUCGUUUAAAGAAACCGAAGCAUUAACUUUUUAUAUUGAAGUUAAUUCUUCUGUAGGAAAAUCAUUUUUUACAAAUGUAUUAUAUAUAAUUAUGCCUAAAAUUGGAUUCACAAGGGCUUAUAACAUGGUUAUGCAACAAAAUAGAAGUUCAUUCAGUAUUUUCUUUUCUCCCCAAGUUACCCCACUCCAGCAGGUGUUGUUCUUUUAACCAUGUAUUUACUUACUGAAUUAUUUACACUCAUUAUUUAAAAUACACUGUGUUGCUUUACUAGUCUGCUGUGUGUGUGUGUGUGUAUGUAUAUAAAAAUAUAUUAUGAAAGAGCAGGAAUCUGUAUAAACAUAUUUACAGAUAAAUACCAGCAACAGACAUUCCUGAUGCUGUAUGUGUGUAAAUCAUGGCUUAAAGCCCACACUGUUUUAAUUCAUACAUUUUAAGUAUAGCUCUAAGUUGUGGAUUAGUUGUACCUUUUUUAUUUUUUUUUUUUUUUUUUUUUUUUUUUUUUUUUUUUUGUCCAAUAGCAAAAACCAAGGCCUGCCACUUUUCUCUUUCUCUACAGAAAGCUGUUUAUCUGUAUGUAAAUUCUGUACAAAGAGUUUAUUUUUGUCAUUUUUAAAGAGAUUCUUUUUCUAUGUGCUUUUUUAAAGUGUGUAAUAUAUAUAUAUAUAGUAAUCAGAA